AUGGCAAACAUCUUUGCUUUCGAUGCAGAUAACAAUGAGAUAUCUACUGAUCGCGUUCAGGGAGGUAGCAAGGUUAUCGAAGAUGUUUUUCUCUGUCCAAUCUGUCAUAAUAUUCUCAGAAAUCCUGUAUCAUGUAAAACGUGUGAAAACUCAUUUUGCAGUAAUUGUAUUCAUCUUUGGUUGUUCGCAAGAAAUAUCUGUCCUUUUAACUGCCAGUAUGAAGAACGCAAGUGUCCGCCAUUAAUGAAAACGUUGUUAUCCAAACUUAACAUCAACUGCCGGUAUAAAAAAAAUGGAUGUUCAGCAGUUGUCGGUUAUGAUGCGCUCGAAAAGCAUGAGGCCAGUUGUCCAUAUGAAAUGCAACAAUGUCAAGGUUGUAAUAAUCCAGUAUUGAGAAAAGAUUUGGCUCUACAUGAACAACAAUGUGACUUAAUUAGCGAGACUUGUGCCGAAUGUCAAAUGAUGUCCACACGAAAAGAUAUGGAAAACCAUACGGAAACAACAUGCCUGAAAAAUCGAGUAUUUGUAUUAGAAGAACGAAUGAAUGAACAACGAGAAAUGUUUAUUCAAGCGCUUGAAGAACAACAAAACCUGAUUAAUGAGUUGACACAAAAAUUUGCCAAAUUGAUGCCAGUUGAGUCCUUGACGCCUGUAUCAAUAAUACCAGCAAUGCAUGACCAGCCAGUUUUGAACAAAAGUAAAUAA